GGCUCGACGGUGGCCGACGUGGGACAGUUUGGCUGUGGCAGGGGUCUCGGAAACCAUGGGUUAUUGCAGUGGCAGGUGCACGCUUAUCUUUAUCUGUGGCAUGCAACUGAGUAAAACUAAUGUGCCUCAGGCAAAACAGUCUGUCAACAGAGACACGUUCUGGAUGCCAGGAAGUCCAAAAUCAAGGCACCAACAGAUUCGAUACCUGGUUUGUGUGCUGGAGAGGCAAAUAUUUGACUUCCUUGGAUAUCAGUGGGCACCUAUCCUGGCAAAUUUUGUACAUAUUAUUAUCGUCAUUCUUGGUUUAUUUGGAACUAUUCAAUAUAGACCUCGUUACAUAACAGGAUAUGCUGUCUGGCUAGUCCUCUGGGUUACGUGGAAUGUGUUUGUUAUCUGCUUCUAUUUGGAGGCUGGGGACCUCUCAAAGGAAACAGACCUUAUCCUGACUUUUAAUAUUUCAAUGCACCGAUCUUGGUGGAUGGAGAAUGGACCAGGAUGUACGGUGACAUCAGUGACACCUGCCCCAGACUGGGCCCCAGAAGACCAUCGCUACAUCACGGUCUCGGGGUGUUUUCUGGAGUACCAGUACAUAGAAGUGGCUCAUAGUUCCCUCCAGAUUGUCCUCGCACUGGCAGGGUUCAUCUACGCCUGUUAUGUUGUGAAAUGUAUAACUGAAGAAGAGGACAGCUUUGAUUUCAUAGGUGGCUUUGACUCUUAUGGCUAUCAGGGGCCUCAGAAGACAUCUCAUUUACAGCUACAGCCUAUGUACAUGUCGAAAUAAUACAAAUGGCUUCAGUAUAUCAGCUCCUGGACCGUUCAAAGAACUUGUUUCGCAGUGGCCUCCUGCAUUUUUUGAAGAGCAAGAAGCAACUAAGUUUAAAUAUAUAUACAUACUAACAAAACAUAAAGC